GUGUAUUCCUUGUGUGUGACAGAAAUCUCGCAUUGUUGUUGUUUUUGUAUAUUUCGUAAAACUUGCUAAUUAGUUUAAAAUAUAUUUUCUCGAAAAUAUUUAAAAUUGCGAAGUGGUACUUGGUUUAUAAUCAAUAUAAUCGUUGAAGUUUAUAGCAGAGCAGAGCUUCUAGAAUGUCCCGAUUGAAACCAAUUCAUGUAGCCGUGAGUAUAGAGGCACUGGUGCCGCUUUAUGCCCUGCCGAAAGGAAUCGACGGGAAGAAAGUUUUGUCGCUAUGCUCGGGUGCCAGCAAGUUGAAGCAACAGGCCGACGAAUUCUUUUUGGAUCGCGAUGAGGAGAAUGCCUUCGUUAGCUACAUGAAGUAUCUGAAUCUUUUGAACAAGAUCAAAAACCAUCGCGAAUACGCUGAUAACAAGAAACGUGUAAUGGAGGCUUUAGGAACCAACAGUGAAAUUAUGCUCAUUUACGAGAAAUUAGAGAAACUAAAAAAAAGUUUGGAACGGCGGUAUGCGAGCUCGAACGCACAGAGCGAGCGAGAACUGAACAGGAUCCGACAACAGCAUGACCAUAUACGCCCGAUUAUUUCCCAUGUGAAGGAUACCGUAGACGCCAAGGAGCUGUUCGAGAUGAUUACCAAUCCCGAGCUGAGUAUGCUUAUUAUAGACUGCCGGUCUGAGAAAGACUUUGAAGCCUGCCGCAUCAAGUACGAUUAUGUGGUAAGCGUUCCUGAUUCCCUCCUGCUGCCAGGUAUGACAGCGGCAAAGAUUCACAACGCAUUGCCUGACCAUUCCAAACUGCUGUGGACGAGUCGGAAGGUUAAGGAACAGAUAGUGCUGAUGGAUGCCAAUACACAUGGAGCACCCCAUAAGGAAACGGCCCUAUGGUUGCUGGAGGAUAUCCUCAAAAAGUGGGAUAAUGACGUGGUUUAUCAAAAACCAUUUCUGAAAGUAAAUGGUGGAAUCACAAACUUUGCAUUGCUUUAUCCUAUGUACUGCACCAAUCCAAGCUAUACGACCCAAAUCAUGGACCAGAACGAUGAUUUUUGUUUGGACGGUCUCGAGUAUCCCGACAUCAGUGACAUUCGAAUGAAAGGGGACAGUUUUGAGUCACAGCCAGGGCGACCUGCGGUAGAUCGGAACAGCAAAGCCGCAGCUUUGCACAAGUAUCAGACAAAUCAGCCCAAGGCAAUUCAAGAAAUUUUGGACGAACAGGAGAAGCUGGUGGAUAAGUCUAUCCAAAAUGAGCAGGAGAUGCUCACGGCGGUAAACGAGCUGGAGCAGAUAAAAGAUGAAGAGCAACUUGUCACCGAUGACGAAGAAAAGGAAAAGCUACGUCGGAAUGCCAAGGAAUUGAGUUACAAGUUGUUGCAGCUGGAGAACCGACAAGAUGAUAUUAUAAGCGAAAACAAUGAUCUGAAGGAACAGCUUCAUAUGUAUAAAGAAAAAGAACGUAGCUGGCAAGAGCAAGGUGGGGAACGUAUUACAGCACAGGAAGCCGCUUAUUUAACAGAACAAGCUCAGCAAAGAAUUCGACUGAAGGAAGAGGAAAAGAAGCGUCUCGAGCAAGAACGCAUUGAAAAGGAACGCAAAGCCAAACUGAAGGAAGCGUACGAGAAAAAACCGCAAUUGAAAGAAAAUUUUACCGAGAGGGACCAGCGAAUUCCUCAGUUCGAUCGUGCCGUGAAACCGACAAGCAUUCUGUCCGAUUACAAUCACAACUUGCAGCGUGAAGUGCAACGAGACUUUGCGCCCGUCUAUGGUUCGGUGGGGCGAGGACUAACCGGACUGAAGAACUUAGGAAACACCUGUUACAUGAACAGCAUACUCCAGUGCCUCAGUAACACAACAUUCCUGAAUGAGUACUUCCUAGAGGAGCAAUUCAAACAAAAUCUCAACAGAAAUAAUAAAACCCAGGGUAGGAUAGCCGAAGAAGUCGCUGCCGUAAUGAAAGCGUUGUGGACUGGUCAGUACAAAUGUAUUGCAAGUAAGAACUUGAGGUUCGUAGUAGGGCAGUAUGAGCGUCAAUUCGGUGGAAUUGAGCAACAGGAUUCUCAUGAGUUGCUAACGAUUUUGAUGGACUGGCUGCAUUCGGAUCUGCAAACUGUGCCAAUACAGAUCGAUACCAGCUUAGACAAAUUACCGGCAUCGGAAAGAGCAUGGGUGGAGUAUUUUAAGGGAAAGGAAAGUUACGUUGCUCAGCUUUCUUAUGGCCAAAUCAAGAGCACUGUAAAAUGCGUCAAGUGUGGAAAGGAAAGUGCAACGUAUGAAUCGUUCUCAAGCCUAAGUCUGGAGCUGCCUUCCGAUGCCAACCGAUGUAACCUCAGUGACUGUUUGGACAUGUACUUCAACGGAGAGCACAUCAUGGGAUGGAAUUGUCCACAGUGCAAGAGCAGUCAGGUCGCUAUAAAAAAGCUGGACAUUUCACGGCUUCCGUCGAUUUUGGUGAUCCAUUUCAAACGAUUCUACGCCGAUCCGGAUGCGGUUUCGACCGUUUACAAGAAGAAGCAAAACUACGUUAUGUUUCCGCUGAACGAGUUAGACAUGUCGCCCCACGUUGCACCCUCUGAAAAGAAUCGCAACCAAAAACUCAAGUCUCGUCGGUAUCAUCUCUACGGUGUGUCGAACCAUUACGGGUCGAUGGAAAGUGGCCAUUAUACGGCAUUUUGCCGCAAUAAGUUGCACCAUAAGUGGUACAAAUUCGAUGAUCACACGGUAUCCAGUCUCGACCAAUCGGAUGUAUGUUCCAGUGCGGCUUAUAUACUGUUUUACUCAGUUCUACCGGAGCGGAACCCAUCGGAAGUACAGGUACGAUAAGAACAAUAGGUUCGUCGGCAUUUUCAUCCUAUUUCGUUGACCAGUUUAGUCCCACACUUCAAAACAUUGGAUUAUUCCCGCAAUCUGCGGGACAGAAUUGCGCAAUUAGAAUUUCGCAUAUUUGUAACAAUUAACAAAAGAUAACCAAUGUACAAAAAGCUAUGAUUUGGAGUUUAAAUUUUAGAUGUGGAUGUUUGCUUAGUUAUUCGUAUUUCGUACCAGAUGUUAAUCUCGAAGUUUAACUAUUAUUGACGUUGAUUUCAAAAUGUAACAAAGUCUAUUAGUUAUAUUUUAAGUUUUAUAGCAGUUUCAGUUGUAAAAACAAUUCGAUAUACUGUGAUUGUUACAAAUAUGCAUUUUAAUACGAAAAAAUGACUCCUUUUGAAGCCUGUGGUAAUAUAUUUUUGCAAUCUAGAGAAGAACUUGAGUUGGUUUCAGUUUUUGAAACAGGAGCGACGGUACUGUGAUCCUCAAUCAAAAUAGAUCAGAUUAAAUGAGUUGCAAAUGUUGUUACAUAUAUGAAAGCGAAAGAUUGGUAACAUAUGUAUGUAUAUUUUUAAAUGAAGCUACAAGUGAAAUGAAUUAAAAA